AUGGGGAAUAAGAGGAGGGCUGCAGCAUCAUCUGUCGCUGCACAUUUCCUGCCGGAGGAGAUAAUGACAGAGGUGUUCCUGCGGCUGCCAGUCAAAUCCAUCCUUCCUUUCCGGGCCGUCUGCCGGUCCUGGAACGCAGAGCUUUCGUCCGACGAAUUCUGCCGCCUCCACAUGGCUAAGUCCGAAGCGGAGCCAGCACUGCCGAACCUGUUCUUCACUUCACCAACAGCUGGUUUCGACGCCACCGUGGUGUACUCAAGCUCAUCAUCAGGCCCCAAUGACGCCCUGCUGUUCACUCUCGACGAUGUACGGGGCGGCGAUUUCAUCCACGUGACGCCGGCGCCGUGCCAUGGCCUCACCCUUCUCCACGAUCCUUUUGCACCAGCUUACUAUGUCUUCAACGCAUCCACAAGGGCAGUUACCCGGUUGCCCCGGUGCCACAAUGCGGCGUAUGUGACCGCUGGACUUGGGUUUGAUGCCCGGACGAAGAAGUACAAGGUGCAUAUUAAGUGUGAGAUAUACACGCUGGGUGGUGAUCAUGGGGAUGAUUGGAAGCCGCCUGCUGCAGGUGUACCCUUCAGAUUCUGCAGGGCUGCUCAGGCAACUAUUAGCCAUGCUAGACAUGAUAAACUGCUUCCAGUAUUUGCAAAUGGAUUUCUGCAUUGGCUUCUCAGUCCCUCGUUCGUCGUUAAAAGGCCACAGGCUGCCAUCCUAUCCUUUUCCGUCACAGAUGAGACCUUUGCAUGGGUCCGGUCACCACCCUUUGAGGUAUCAUCAGGUGUGCACUUGGUGGAGUUUGCUGGCCACUUGUGCAUGGUCCGGGACCUUCGUAAUGUCAGCGGCGUGCUGGAGAUUUGGAAGCUGAAUGACUAUGGCUCUGGUGGUUGGUCAUUGGAACAUCGCAUUGAUCUGUUGCAGCAGCAUGUUGGCAGAGAUCGUUUAAUUGAGCCUCAGAUUAUUAGAGUUCUUGGUUCUGUUGGCAACUGUGGGUCGUCCACGAAGAGGAUAGUCAUUGCUACAUCCAAACGCAAGGUGAUUGUCUAUGACCCCAUGUCUCAGACCCUAGAAGAAACUGUUAUUGCAAUCAGAGAGACCCAUUCAUCUUACCAAGCCGAAAAUCUUGCUCUUAUCAGCAUCUCCCUAUUUCAAGAGAGCCUUGCUCCAGUGCAUCAGACAAAUGAAGAGAGGGCCCUGUCAGCUCCCCUGGCUAGAGCGGCUAGGCAGUGGCUUAGCUUGAUUGAGGGUAACAGCUUUGUGCGCUCUUAUUACUCACAUAACAACAUGGACAAGAGGCCUAAGAUCAUGCUUGUGGGCAAGGGCAUCACUAGACGAUCCUCAUUCAGUUUUACUCCCUGCUCAGAGUUGCUCCAACACGUUCGUAGUCAUGAUGAUAUAUGGCUUGACACAAAGGUGGUCUGCUCCAAGCCUUGCCAUGGCAUGAACCUGCUAAGCACUGAGCUGGAGGAUUAUCUCUACAACCCCUGCACAGGUUUCUGCUGCGUGUACCACACUCCUAACUACGGUUUUAUACCAGAAGCAGGCCAUGCUUUCGGACUUGGCCGCAAGAAUGUUGGCCUGGGGUUCAAUCUGUCGACGCAGGAUCACGUGAUUGUUGAAAUGUUUUACCACCUGAAGGACUUCGAAUCCCGUCGAUAUUUCUUGACCUGCAUGGUUUCCAAGUGUUGCAGGGGCUCCUUGAGAGACUGCUUCCCGCCACCUCUGCCUGUGAGUGACAUGCCGCCCGCCUAUCUUGCAGGAGUGCUCUACUGGAUGACUGAUCCAAGGUUAGGCGACAGUGACGCGAGGGCUGUUGUGUCGUUUGACAUAACAAGAAGUGAAUUUGCUGUCUUCCCCUGUCCGCCGUGUAUUGCUACGUGGAACUGCCAAAGUUCUUCCAGUGCUUUGGUGGUUGAGCUUGAGGGGGCAUUAUGUGCUGUUCUUGCAGACCCUGAUGUACAAGAGCUGAACAUUUGGAAGCGAGAGCAUGGUCAGUGGCAUAGCACAUACACGGUGUAUUUGGAAGGCUGGCCAGGCUAUUCCCUCGGAGCAAAUGUUGUGGUGCCAUGGGCUAUCGAUCCAAGGACAGGAAGAUCUUGCUAA